UGGAAAUUUCGGAUUCAAAGACGGCAGAUCAGUGGAGGGGAGAAUUUGAUCCGGCGUACAUCGAAGACCUCACACGCAAAACAGGCAACUUCAAACAGUUCCCCAUUUUUUGUAGCAUGUUGGAAUCCGCCGUGAGAAAGGAAGACGCUUCGGGCAGCAUGAGCCGCAGCGGACACUGGAGCGAAAAAUUGGAAGAUUCCCAUGCUAUCUUGUUCCCUCUCUCCAGGCAGAGAGACGAGUGAUUCCGUCACACUCGACUUGUUGACCUAUGCGGAUCUGGAGCUUCUGCGGAACAGAAAAGCCGGAGUGGUCGGUCGCCCUCGGGGCCAUCCGCAGUCGUCUGCUCUGACGGCCAAACGUUACCUUAUUCUCAUCUACACUGUGGAGUUUGACAGGAUACACUACCCUUUACCGCUGCCAUACAUCGGAAAGCCGGACCCGGCCGCCCUGCAGAAAGAGAUCAGAAGCCUUAGGGCGGAGCUAAGCGCGCUCACCUCUCAAGGAGUUGGCAAGUCUGCGGAGCUCGAAAUCCACCGCUUACGAGGGGAGCUAGCUCUGAUGAAGGAGGAGAAAGAGGCCAUUGCCAAAGUGCUGGAGCGAUUGCAGCUCAGCGGAAGCGUUUCUACGCCCGGCGGUCCUCAAGACUGGAGGGGUCGGGACGUGGUGAAGACCUUGGAGGAGCAGCUGCUCAAGGAGAGGGCCAAGAGUCAGCGCUCGGCCACCAAACGAUGCCAGGAGCAGCAACUGCUGAUGGAGCAGCUGGAUGAACUGAGGGCCUCGGAGUGCACGCUCCGCCUUCAUGUCAAAAGUCUGACUAAUGAACUGGCACUGCUACGCAGAAGCAGAGGGACGGCCACUUCCGCAUGUAGGGAGAUCUAUCGUUCGCACAACCCUGUCAGGGGUCGCUCGGGAUCCAGAGAACGCCGAGGCGACAGAGUGCAAAGGUCAACAGAAAGAGGGAGACGAGCAGACUCGACAGGGACGCGUUCUGUCGUACGAAGGCCGUCACCUUCUCCCACUGGGUCUCGAGCACCUCGUUUUGAUCCAACUGCUUACAUCCAGGACAAACAGCGCCGACUAAGAGAAUCCGAACUCAAAAAACAGUUAAAGGUGCGGCGGGACUUAAUGAUGUCACCAUCACUGAUACCUGAACGAGGCCGUUCCCGCUCCAGAGAGACUUGUCCUCAGUUGAGUCGCACCGGCAGCCGAGGAAGGAGUUUGUCUAUAGAGCGGCAAAGAAGCAGGAACUCCUCCGAGAGCUCCUUAGUGGAUAUGGAGGAGAUGACCAAAGCGCUGCUCAGAGGAAGAAAACAUACAUUCAAUGGCCCCAGUACGUCCAGAGGGAACCUGAUAGCCGGCAAGCCCUUAAGCAGCACUCCAACAUACAGGAUGAAGGACAGAGAGAGCUCCAUCGACACAGGCGCGGAGCUGUCGGAGAUAGACGCCAGGCUUCAGGCCCUGCAGGAGUACAUGAGGGACUUGGACACAGGACAUUGACAGAUGGUGCAGCUUGCAGCGCAACAAAGCUCAUGUGUUGGACUUAUGAACUGAGCAGCGUUUUUUUAUUUCUUAGUCCUCUGCAUCGACCAGAAGCAUUCCAGACAGGACCUCAAACUUCAGGAAAUGAAAACAAUCACUGUAAAAUUCAAGAAUAUUUUUACAUGAGUGUUUUCAAUAUUUUUAUUAACUUAAAAUAUUGCUGUGAAUAAAUGUGGUUGUAUUCUAAACAAGUGGAUUUAAAAAAAUGUGUGCUG